CUUGGGCUAGUAGUUUACGGGCACCGCACAGUAGUUUCCAUUCUGCUUACGGGCUAGUAAAAAAGGGCUAAUUGGUCAUGUCAUCCACAACGGGUGGAGAACGCUUAACGGCUUAACGAAGUUACUAGCCGGAGGUAACUUGCGGCCACCGCCGUCGAUGGCGACGGUUACUUUGCUAUCCACUACUUCUUUGACGCGGCCAUCUAAACUCUUAUCACGGGGAAGCAUAAAAGGCAUAGCUCACAUCAAGACUACGAAGCUGCAUCGUGCUAGCGAAGAAUUCGGAUUCUUGCACCGAGGCAAAAUUUUCAAUUUCAGCAGACUCCAUUGGAGACGCCGUAAUUCCCUUCUUACGGUGGAAUCCGGCGGAGAUGGUGAUGGGUCGAUUUCGGAAAGCAACGAGAAUGUUCAGAGGAGGAGAUUAAUACAGGCAGCUCUAUGGAUUGCAGAGGGAAUCUAUGUGCUUUGGCUUUUUUUACUCCCCUAUGCGCCGUGCAGGGAGACCCCGUAUGGGCAAUCAGUUCAGACACAGUGAAUCAUCUGGUUGGCCUUUCUCUGAACUUCUUCUUCAUUUUGCCCCUAUUGAACAAUGCUGGCAUUCAUUUCUUAUUGGAGGCGCCGGUGAUACAUCCAAUAUCUGAAGCGUUAUUCAACUUUGUUAUUGGGUGGACAUUUAUGUUUGCGCCUUUGUUGUUCACUGACCGUAAGAGUGAUCGAUAUAAAGGAUCUUUGGAUGUUCUGUGGGGCUUCCAAAUGUUCCUCACAAACACUUUCUUAAUACCAUACAUGGCCAUAAGGCUGAAUGGAAUGGACAAAGAUGUUCCAAGAAAGGCCUCCUGGUUAGGUUCCACCAUGACCAGCGGUGCACGCACUGUCGGGCUAAUUGGCUUUGGUGUCUGUUUGGUUUCAACAAUUUGGGCAUUGUUUGGCCGAGGAGCAGAUGGUUACUUCGGUGGCAUUUCAGAAAGAUGGGAGUUCUUGGUGAGUUAUGUACGAACCGAAAGACUUGCCUACGCCUUCAUCUGGGAUAUCUUCCUCUACAUGAUUUUCCAACCAUGGCUCAUAGGAGACAACUUGCAAAACAUUCAAAAGGAUAAGGUUAAGGUGGUAAAUUAUCUUCGGUUUGUCCCAGUUAUUGGGUUAGCUGCCUAUUGCCUUUUUCUAAAUCUUCAUGAUGACAAAUCGUACAGUUGAAAUGCUAAUGGAUGGACUCCAUUUUAUAAAAGUGAAAAUAUGUGCUGUACUCGUUAAUAAUUUUUGGUUUGAAAAUUUAAUAGUAGCGGUUUAACCUUAAGUUCAAAA